AUGUCGGCGCCAUCAGCCCGACAUGGCCGAACCCAAUCCCUUCAGGAGCGAUCCAAUUCGCAAACCAACAAACCCGGCAUCCGUCUCGUGCCGUAUUCCCCACCCCGGCUCGACCCCGAGGACCGGGCGCCAAGCCAGGCGUCAUCGCGAGAAAAUCGAAGUUCGGGUCAUUUCAACGACCAGGCCAGUAGCAAUGCUUCUCACUCCAGACGGACGAGCUGGAGAGAUGAGGUGACAGACGGCCAGGGGUCCGCAUUGUCGUCGCCCACGGCUAGGCGUUCCUCAUUGGCGAGAUCCAGGGAUGAGAGGGUUUCAGGGGUGAAACCUCUGGGCAGCCCCUCGACCCUGGGCCCCGCUGGGCCAACCGCACCGACGCUGAGGUCACCGUCUGAAGUCUCAGCUAACACCACCGACUUUAAUGCGCCAGCGCCGAGGCGCUCCCGCGCAGAAUCUUCUCCCUCACCAGCGACUGCUCACUCCCGGCACAAACGGUCCGACUCGCGUCGAGGCACCUUGCGACUUGCCGUCCAUUCCAACGGAACUUUCUCGCUCGUGCCCGAAGAGCCGCAAUCCGACGUCUCUGAUAGCGCCGCUGCCAGCGUCACCGGCAGCGUCACCGGCAGCGUCACCGAAAGCCUGACAUCACAUCUCCCGUCGUACACUUCCAGGACACCAAGCGCCCAGGACCGCGCUUCGACUGACACGUGGAGCGAGCGACGUUCGAGUACCCCAUUGACAGGCGCGAGCACAGUGGUACUCGACCAGAGCUUUUCCGACAAGCGGCACUCCACUCCAUCCCGUGCUUCCUCGUCCACACAGUUAGCUGAGGAUUCCAGUGGUUCAUCCCCUUGGAACUACCGCUUAGUUGGUGGUCUCCGGAAGGUACCCUCGACGCCGGACAACAAAGGAAAGCAGGCGGCGUACGCUUCAUCAACGUCGUCAGCCGAGACGCAGCUCCCCCCACUACCGGAAGCCUCUUCCUCCGCCAGCGAAAAGGAAGAAGGCACAUCGACUCGAACCGUGGUCCGAAAAACAUCCUUCUCGUCCGGUGUUUCCAACCAAACGAUUCAGACCGUCUCCGAGGCGACAAACUACAAGGUGUAUGGCCCCGCAUCUACUGCGCAAGAGUCCAGAGACAGCCUCCCCUUCAACUUUGCAGGCCCCUCCAAUUGGGAGGUCAUCGGCCAAUCCUCGCCCGCUCCGGCGUUUCCGAGCAGACCGACUACCGCUUCCCACGGCGGUGACGAGAACUACGUGUUGCACGGCGCCCCAUCCGUGUCACCUUCGUCGUCCCUCGUUGCCGUCUCCAGAAAGCCGCGUCCGGCGUACUCACAGGAGAGCUUGGUUGUGGCACCGUUAAGGCCGGCAAAAAAGCCGUCAUACGAGAGAUUCGGCUACUACAAGCAGCGGUCCCGUGAGACCCUCCGGUCUCGCACUGGAUCUGUCCAGUCGCUCAAGAGCUUGUCGUCUAUCAUCACCGGCCGAAGAUCCGCCCAGCGAUGUGACAGUCCGUGUCUCACUCCCGCAUCAUCGACCAACGCUUCCAUGGCCCCAAUGCUGCAGUCCCAGCCUCACCAAUGGAGCUCCCAGCUGUCCACAGUCAUGUCCGAGAGCGAGGGAGGUAGCGAUCCCGCACGCUCUGUCUCGCCCCUCUCAGAGGGAAGCGGAGGACACCAGCGACGGCGCAGCAGCACAGGCUGGGUGAGCUCCUUGCACAGCCGCCAAUUGGCGAGCAUAUCGUCAUCCAUGGCUGGACAGCUCGAUGAGGCCGCAACCACGUCGGCCAGCGACUCGCUCGAGAGGCCACCCCAAAGCUACGCGAGAGCGGGUCCUUCACAGAUCCGCAUGAUCCGAGACCAGGACGAGCACGGAGAUGGUGCGGCGCUGACAUGCGCCGCUAGAGUAUACUACGGUUCUGGCGAACGGCGAUUCCUCGGCCGCCGUCCAUCCUUCUUGACAAUCUCUGACAGUGGCGAUAGCCGACCCCCCAGCUCGGGCGUCCUAGGUAGCGAGUCCCCGAAUACCGACAACUUCCCCCAGGCCAUUUUCAGCCCUCGCAAGCGGGCGAGAGAAGUGCAGCCGAACAACGGUCAACAACGCUCCCCCGACCAGGCCUCCAUGGAGAUAUCGCCAGCCCCCCAGGGCCACGACUACAACGUCUUCAGGACGCUAAGACAGAAGACGUCCAGUAUUUGGUCGCCGCAUCUCCAACCGGAUCGUCGGGCGACUCGAUACAGCGUGUGGGAUCCGCCGAGCGUGAGCUGGUCAGCCGACAGCUCUAUCCUCGGCAGAAGGAACGCCCAGGUGUUGCUGUUUAUCAUUGGGUUUAUUUUUCCUCUGGCUUGGAUGAUCGCUGCCUUCCUUCCGCUGCCCCCGAACCCGAAAGCACUCGACGUCGAGAACGGCGAGAACAAGUACACCUCCACUCAUCCCGCUUUCCGAUACCAGAAAUAUGCCGUCGACGAAACCAGAUAUGAGAGUGCUAGAUGGUGGCGUAACCUUAAUCGGGGAAUGUCCAUCAUUGGCCUUCUUAUCAUCGGCGCCGUCGUCGCGUUAGCAGUUAUCGGUGUCCGGCAGGGAUGGGGCCAUUAG